AUGGAAGAUAACAAAGCUGAGUCACCAAAUAAAAGAAGGGAAAAUGCGAAAUUUUCAAAAUUCGUUACCUCUUUAAGUUUUAUGAAAAAAAAUAUAGAAGGGAAAGACGAGAAUGUAAAAAAGAAAAUAAAAUAUUCAAAUGAUGAUCAUUUAUGGAUUCUUAAGGAUUAUGAAGAUCAAGUUAAUGCCUUUUUAAAAAAUAAAUCAUCACAAAAAAAUAAAAAUAAUGUUUCUUUAAAUUGUUUAGGAAGGAAAACAUAUAAUAAUUACAAUAAUUAUGUAAAUUUGUACAAUAUAGAAAUUAAGAAAUUCAUUAAUUCCGUAAAAAAAAAUAAGCCCAUUCAUUCAUUGAGAGAAUAG